GUAUAAGCCUCCAAUAUUCAAGCAAUUGCAUUGAAAAUAAACAACAGGUUGAAGCAUGGAAUAGACUAUAGAGCAAGCAAAAUGGUGGUUUAAACCUAACAAACAGCAAGACCAUAGCUGAAUAGCUCCCUAUUUCUUCAUUUUCUCUUUCUUUUUUCUGCAAUUAUUCCUUUUUUUUUAGGGUUUGGGUUUUGUCAAUUUCAGUCCAAAAUCCAAAACCCACCCAGAAUUAUCAAUCUCCGCACUCAAUAUCCACCCCUUUUUGGCUGUAAGUGAAGGGAACUGAGAGAUAGAGAGAAACAAGCGAAAUUUCGCCAUGGAUUCUCAAGUUAUGGUGGCGCUUGCGCUCUCUCUUGUUGGUGGAUUCAGUACUUCUCUGGGUGCUCUUUUCGUAAUUCUUAAUCAAUCUCCCAAUUUGAAAAUGCUUGGGCUUUUACAGGGUUUUGCUGCAGGUCUAAUGUUAAGCAUAUCAUUCCUUGAUUUAGCUCAUAAUGCUAUGAACUCUAUCGGGUUCUUGAAAGGCAAUCUCUGGUUUUUUGCCGGUGUUAUCUUCUUUGCUGUGGUUACCAAUUUCAUACCCGAGCCUACUCUACCCCACAGUUCUGAGGUGAAAGGAAAAAAGAAAAGUGGUGAUAAAGGAGGCAAAGAUAUGAUGAAAAAGCAUCGACGCCAGGUUUUUUUUAGUGGAAUUAUUACAGCAAUAGGCAUAAGCUUGCACAAUUUUCCGGAGGGGAUGGCAGUUUUCCUUGGAUCCAUGAAGGGCCUUCGUGUUGGUCUAAAUUUGGCUUUGGCCAUUGCUUUGCACAAUAUCCCGGAGGGUGUUGCUGUCGCUCUUCCGGUUUACUUUGCUACGCAAAGCAAGUGGCAAGCUUUCAAAUUGGCAACGCUAUCUGGUUUUGCAGAGCCACUCGGUGUCGUAAUUGUUGCUUACCUGUUCCCGAGCAGCUUAAGUCCCGAAAUUCUCGAGGGCUUGUUAGGAUCAGUUGGUGGGGUGAUGGCCUUCCUAACAUUACAUGAAAUGCUUCCAUUGGCAUUCGAUUACGCGGGGCAGAAGCAAGCAGUCAAGGCUGUUUUCUUCGGAAUGGCUUUCAUGUCUGCAAGCCUAUAUUUUCUGGAACUAAGCUUACCUAAGGAGAUAAGCUUGUAGCCUCUUUCCAUGAACCUAUCAACAAGAAAGUGUUGUAAAAUUCCUAAAGCGAGACGUCUUAUUUUGCAUAUGUAUAUCAAUUGCUUUAUCCAAUCUUUCGGCCUUAUUCCGAAAGAUCUUGAGCAAAAGGAUGAACACCCCCAAUUUGCAAUGUACAUAAUAUCUGAUUUUUACUG